UUUUGUUCCUAAUUACUUUUUUGCAUACCGAAUAUGGCAGCUGGAUGGACUAGUUCAUUAACCACUAUCGCAAGUGUAAUUUUGGUUGCUUCGACAGUGGUAGCAGAUAUUUUGCCCGCUUCCUCCAAUGCCUCGAACAGUUCGCUUUUAUGGGGUACAUAUAGACCUAACCUCUACUUUGGCACUAGACCACGUAUUCCUGAGUCUGUCAUGACAGGUUUGAUGUGGUUUGAUGCAAGUCAAUUUCAAGGCUUUCAAAAAAUUCGCCAUGCUUGCGAUCAAGGGGAUGGAAUUGAAGGAUACGGCUACCAUAAGCACGAUGGAAGAGAAUACGCAUCGCAAGAGAUCAAUGAUAAACCCAGCAAUAUUAAAUUGAGCACUGAGUUUAUCAAGGUGCCUGGAGGGAAGAAUGGUGGUGAUUGGGGUGUUCGCAUUAGUGGCAGAACUAUGGACGACACCGCUGGAUCACUUACAUCGGCCAUGUUUUAUAUUGGCAUCGAAGGGGAAGGUGGUCUUGAUAUUAUGAGUAAGCUGUCACAAAAGGGUCUUGGAUCACCUGUAAUCUUGGAAGGUGACACACCUGAAUUAGGUGAUUUCGAAAUACAGAUUGUCGAUGGUCCUUUAAAUACACACCCAAAAGAGGGGAUUGAUAGAGACCUCAGUCGUACACAAUGGUGGGGAACAGAAGUACCCCAAGGCCAAAUAUGGAGAUCCAAAGAUAUUGUUUUACAAAACCUUGUACAGGAAGCUCGGGGGCGUCUUGAAGGCCCAAAGGGAAGUCAAGAGGAUGCUAUGAUAAAGCCAUUCAAAUACUUUACCUUAAGUAACAGUUUGACAGAAGAAGAAGGAGAAACAGCCAAUUUUUACGUGUUCCAAAAAGUAUUUGAAGGCGAUUUCCAGUUUGAUGUUUUAUUUCAUUCUCAAACCUCAAAGGAACCCCUCACUAGUGAAUCACUAGGAUCCAAAUUAAUCAAGAAGGAAAAUGAGUUUAACACCAGAUUUGAAGAGACAUUCCAUUUAAGACAAAAGGGCUUCUCCAAUAGUGAAGUGGAAUUUGCUCAGUAUCUCUUGAGUAACAUGCUGGGAGGAAUUGGUUAUUUCCAUGGAUCAUCUGUUAUCGAUAGAUCCCAUCCACCUAUGGAAGACGAAGAGAACUUCAAAGGAGAACCAGUCAGACCUGAAUUAUCACCUCCUCAAACCCUGUUUACUGCAACGCCCAGUCGACCUUUCUUUCCCCGUGGUUUCUAUUGGGAUGAAGGAUUUCAUCAACUUUUGAUUGGAGAAUGGGAUAAUGAUCUUAGUCUGGACAUUAUCAAGCAUUGGACAGAUUUAAUUGACGAGAAUGGAUGGGUUGGCCGAGAGCAAAUCCUAGGAGAAGAAGCUCGUAGCAAAGUGCCCUCCGAAUUUCAAACUCAGUUCCAUCAUUAUGCUAAUCCUCCUACUCUAUACCUCUCCAUCAAACGUUAUAUUGACCGUUUAGACAAGCAAUCACAAGAUAUCAUCUUUGAACAAACAAAUAGGCAGAUGAAGAUGGGCGUUCUGGAUGAUAAUAAGGUGCUUCGCAAUUUGCAUUUACAAGACCCUGAAUUAGCAGAUGAAUGGCUUAAAUCUAUCUAUCCCAAGCUUCGUCAAAAUUGGCUUUGGUUCCGUGCUACACAGCACGGCGAUCUUGAUAGGUUUGGUCGUAAAGCACCCAACAAGGAGGCGUAUCGCUGGAGAGGUCGAACACCUAACCAUACAUUAACUUCAGGUCUGGAUGAUUAUCCUCGUGGAGAACCUAGUGUAGGGGAACUUCAUCUAGAUCUUCAUUCGUGGAUGGCUUUUGGUACUGGUCUUUUAAAGAAUAUUGCCCAUAAAUUAGGACCCGAAUAUGCAGAUGAUAUGAAUGAAUACACCAAGAUUCAAAAGGAUAUGUUGGUUAAUUUAGACAUUUUGCAUUGGAAUGAGGCCGAAAAUAUGUACUGUGAUCAAGCCCUCGAAAACAAUGAGCCUGUUCAUAUUUGUCACAAGGGAUACCUCUCACUUUUCCCUUUAAAUUUGGGUCUUUUGUCUGCGGAUUCGCCCAAGUUGGGAUCUAUUUUGGACAUGAUUGAAAAUGAGCAUGAACUUUGGUCUCCUUAUGGCCUCCGUUCGUUAUCUGCCUCCGAUGAAUUUUUUGGGACAGGAGAGAACUACUGGCGUGGACCUAUCUGGAUUAACAUCAAUUAUUUGACACUUCAAAGCUUGUAUAAAAAUUACAUUCACGUUCCUGGUCCGUAUCAGGCACAAGCACAGAAAACUUAUACCAAAUUGAGAGAUGCAGUCAUUCGUAAUGUUUACAAGAAUUACAAAAAGACCGGUUAUGUCUGGGAACAGUAUUCUGAAAACGAUGGAAAGGGUUUGAAAAGUCACCCAUUUACUGGUUGGACGAGUUUAAUUUUGCUUAUUAUGGCAGAAGAAUAUUAAAAUGAAAUAAAUUUAUUUUUUGUUACACAUCAU